AUGGUCCGAGUGGACAUUGUACAGCCACAGAUGUCAGUUGCGGAAAUGGUAGUACCAUCUCCUACUUCUGUAUACCGCCAACUUGAUAUGAAUACAGACGAGGCUGACGAGGCGAGCGAACUUCCAACGGUAUAUGAUCUCAUCCAAGAGGUGACACGACUAGAGCAGGUGGUGCGUGAGAUGGGGAAGGAUGACGGCAAUAUCUUUGAAGAUGAAUGCACGGUAGAAAACUCCUUUACACUCAAUCAAACGCCACUGCGCUACGGCCAAAAGAAGCUUCUUACCUCUAGUAGUAGCUCGGAUAGUUUGUCGAAGCCAGGCAUUUAUCUAGGACGACAACUUGCCACAAACGUGGAUCACAUGUCACCUUACAAGAAUGUUCGUAUCAUGGGACGUGGCGAGAUUGAUAGUUUAGUGGUGACACCGAAGACGCCACCGACGAAACAACGAGAGACUUCAAGUGUCUGUCGCACAGUGCCACGCCCCACACGCGUAGCAGCUUUAACCCGAGAGAACAUCUCAUUGUUGCCCAUGCCCAGGACACAGAAUUUUACAGGCUCUGUGUGUGGCUCACAAAAGUCUCGCACGAGCAUCUGCACGGACGGCGGUGCCGUGUUUUCGCGGCUGUAUCAGCCAGAUUUCUACAAGAACCGCGAGGAAAAAUUCAAGAAUAUGCGCGACCGUCGUGAUAGUUUUAACUGUUUGUUUACACCACGUACUACUCGGCGUGACUCGAUUUCAUCUCGAGACUCUAUCGAUUCGCAGACAUCAAUGCAGUCCGCCAAGACGGACAUUGUGAACGUAUCGAGUCGAUUGUACGACCCGGAUUAUAUUCGUAAGCGCAAUGCCCGACUGCAACGUAUGCGACAAGAGCGUGAAAUGCGUGAGUGUACUUUCAGACCUACCAUUAACGCCAAUGCGUAUGCUAAGAAGCUCUAA